GGCCUUUCCGUGUGCCUUCUGCCCACCCUCUCCCCUCACACACAUGAGCCAACCAUUUCUCUGGCAAGCCCAGCCAUUUUCUCUAUGCUUGUUCAGCACAGCAGCGUGUAUAAAUGUGUUAGGAGGUGGGCAGUGGUGCCCCAUAUUCUGCUGGUGCUCUACCCUCCACACUCCCCACCCCCCCUGGAUCCCUGCCCAGAGACCCCUUUCUUCACUGACCUGCAGGAAUUCUGAGCAGAUUCGUCCUUUUCUAGCCCUGCAGAGUGCUGAGAACAGACACGCAGACCUGCAGAUAAGACAGGACACAGGGGCUGCGCAUUCGGGUGGAUGCACAGGGACUCGGAGCCCCUUUCCAGAAUCCCGGCCCUUCUCAUCCAACGUUUCCCUCCCCCACUUCCUCCGCCCCCCACACCCCAGCCGCCAUUUCUUUUCACGCCUCCGGCGCCAGACCAGGAUGUUUUCCAAACUAAUUUUGGAUCUCUGUGUCCUUCUUCCCCGGAGGCAACUCGCCUCCCCACUCUCGAGGUCAACUUUUUUUCUCUACGCAUGGAGUGGGAAAGGGGGUUUAUUUUUACUGUCUCACUGGCGGGGCGCCCCCAAGCUCACCAGCUCCGGCUCCAAAAUGGACGGAGGGCAGCGAAGAGGGUUCCGCAGGCAGCGACGAAGGCCCUCACACUGACCUGAAAGAACCUGGAGCAACAAUUAAGAGCUAGCAAACCGCUCCGGAUCCGACCGCAAGGAAGAGGGCGGGCUCCCGGACUGGUGCCCAGAUCUGCGCCGGGUUGGUCACGUGAGCGUCGCGUCACCGGAGCUCGCCCCCCUCCCCCCUGCCGCCCCGCCCAGCAGCCGGGGCGGGGGGCGUUGCGGGUCACCCCGCACCUCUCUGGGCAGUUUUGACCUUUUUCUCUUCUUGAGGUGAUCCAAGGAAUAAAUUUAAUAAAAACCUCA